CAGUGUCCAAACCCAUCAGAGUCUGUUUGUGAAGCAGUCAAGAUGUCGGCCAGGACUCUGGUAGUGUUGCUGGCUGUGACCUGCGUUGUUUAUGCUCAAUCAGAGGUGGAGAACAAGGCGAGGGAGUUCCUGAAGAGGUUCGAUGAAGAGGCCAGCGCGCAGAUGUACAACUACUCGCUGGCAUCAUGGGCCUACAACAUCGACAUCACACAGGAGAACUCAGACAAACUGGCAGAAGCGGGGCAAAUUUGGGGCAAUUUUUACACAAAAAUGUCAGAGGAGUCAGCGAAUUACCCCAUAGACAAGAUCACAAGUUCAGAAAUCAAAUUACAGCUCAUCUCGCUCCAAGACAAAGGAGCUGGAGCGCUUUCCCCGGAUAAAGCUGCACAUCUGAGUAAGGUGAUGAGUGAGAUGAGUACGAUCUACAGCACAGCCACAGUGUGUCUCAUCGAUGACCCUCUGAACUGCCAGACUUUGGAGCCAGGCCUGGAGCACGUGAUGGCCUCUAGCAAAGACUACGCUGAGCGUCUGCACGUGUGGGAGGGAUGGAGGAGGGAGGUGGGGAAGAGGAUGAGGCCGCUGUACGAAGACUACGUGGAUCUGAAGAACGAAGCCUCCAAACUGAACGGUUUUGAAGACUAUGGAGCCUAUUGGAGAUAUAACUACGAGACCAUUGAAGAUGACGUUCAGUACAAGUACACCAGGGAUCAACUGAUGGAAGACGUCCGCGCUGUAUACAAAGAGAUCCUGCCCUUAUACAAAGAGCUGCACACCUAUGUGAGAGCCAAACUCAUGGAGACGUACCCCGGACACAUCGACUCAAAGGGGGCUCUGCCAGCCCACCUGCUCGGUGACAUGUGGGGACGAUUCUGGACCAACCUGUACCCUCUGUCCACCCCUUACCCUUUGAAAGAAGACAUAGAUGUCAGCCCAAACAUGGUGACACAGGGCUGGGAUACAGAUCGGCUUUUCAAAGAAGCAGAGAGGUUUUUCAUGUCUGUCGGCCUGUACCAGAUGUUCCCAAACUUCUGGACUAAGUCCGUGUUCACCAAACGUGAUGGAUACAAGAUGGUCUGCCACCCCACUGCCUGGGACAUGGGCAACAGAAAGGACUUUAGGAUCAAAAUGUGCUCCAAGGUCAACAUGGACGACUUCCUGACGGUGCACCACGAGAUGGGUCACAACCAGUACCAGAUGGCGUACCGUGACCUGUCCUACCUGCUGAGGGACGGAGCCAACGAGGGUUUCCAUGAGGCCGUCGGAGAGAUCAUGUCCCUCUCUGCUGCGACGCCCAAACACCUGAAGAAUCUGGGCCUCCUGUCUGAUGACUUCAUUUAUGAUAACGAAACUGAGAUCAACUUCCUGCUGAAACAAGCGCUCACCAUCGUGGCCACACUGCCGUUCACAUACAUGCUGGAGGAGUGGAGGUGGCAGGUGUUUGCGGGGAACAUCACCAAGGACGAGUGGAUGGAGCGCUGGUGGGAGAUGAAGAGGGAGCUGGUCGGUGUUGUGGAGCCAGUGCCAAGAGAUGAGACCUACUGCGACCCCCCCGCUCUGUUCCAUGUGUCAGGAGAUUACUCUUUCAUUAGGUACUUCACCAGAACCAUCUACCAGUUUCAGUUCCAGAAAGCGCUCUGCGAUGCAGCGAAUCAUACAGAAGCCCUGUCCUCAUGUGACAUCACCAAUUCAACAGAAGCAGGAACCAAGCUCAGGAAUAUGUUGGAGCUGGGAAGGUCCCAGUCCUGGACCAGGGCUCUGCAUACAAUUUCUGGUGAUGUUAAGAUGGACGCACGCCCCCUGCUGGACUAUUUCCAGAAGCUCUAUGACUGGCUGAAGAAAGACAACGAGGCACACAAAAGGACUGUCGGCUGGGACACAGAAGUAGACCCAUAUUCCGAGUACGAGAUUAAAGUGAGACUGAGUUUAAAGGCCGCUUUGGGAGAGAACGCUUACACCUGGAACGACAACGAGCAGUUCCUGUUCAAGGCCAGCAUCGCGUACGCUAUGAGGCAGUACUACGGUCAAAUGAACAAGACCAUGGCUUUCACAUCUGAAAACGUACUCACAUUUAAAAACACUCCCAGAAUCUCCUUCUACGUGGUGGUCACAAAUCCAGACUCUCUCUCCUCGUAUGUCCCAAAGAAAGACGUGGAGGCUGCCAUACGGUUAAGUCGAGGUCGAAUCAAUGAUGCCUUCCAGUUGGAUGACAUGACGCUGGAGUUUGCAGGAAUCCCCCCGACCCUGGCCCCUCCCGUGGAGCAGCCGGUGGAGGUGUGGCUGGUGGUGUUCGGGGUGGUCAUGGGAAUCGUGGUUCUAGCAGGAGUCUACCUCGUGGUCUCUGGGGUCAGGGAGCGCAAGAAAAAAUCUGAGAAGAGCAGUGCGGAGAACCCUUACGACACCACCGUGGAAGGACACACUAACAAAGCCUUUGACGACAGCGACAAUGAACAAACUGGAUUCUGAGGUCAACGAUGUCACUGAAGAAAAGAGAGAAGGUGUCCUCAUUUCUAAAGUGAUUAGACUCAUC